CAUAAAUUUCGUGGGUGGUCAUUUCUUUAUUUAUUAAUAACCAAUCAUAUGAGUCCUGGAGGGUGUUGGUGCAAAAUGGUGCAAAUAACAGCAGGGUGGUGGUCAGGUGAUCAGGUGUCAAGUACCCUUUACAGACAUGGAUAGCUGUUUAAAAUUGGUUCCAAGUAAAUGUUAUAACACGUAUAGUUCAGUCGUUCUUGCUUUAUUUGUAGCAAUUGGCGUUGUUCUGGUUGGAAUCACCAGUGAUUACGAGUCAAGAUCAAGUCUAGAAUGUGACCCAAACAAGUCUUUUACAAGCACUCUAUCGAAGCGGAAGUACGUUGAAACACAGUGUCUUCUUAAAUAUGGACAAGAAUUUCUACCUUCGUUAUCUCUCAAUGUUCUGAUUGUGAUAAGUUUUGGACUUGUAGUUAUACUCUCUGUGGUCUACGGUUACCUGGUGAAACAUAGAGUCGACAUUUUCUCAAAUAACCGAAACGCAAUGACGAGCGUGGGCGGCGUAGAAGAAAGUCAUCCACUGUCUGAUCACUCUGAAGUAUCGCCAGACGAACCAGUGGCCUAUCCAGGUAGUGGUCGUUAUUUUGUAUUUAUGGCUUACAUAAUCCAUUUAAUCGUAUGUCGUAUAAUACCACUGACAAUAUUCUCAGCAUUUCUCUUAACCUCGUCGAAUUUUCCGACCCAUUUUAAAUGUCCUUUGCCAAAUGUGAAAGCAACAACUAGUACUUUCCAUGAGAACGUUACAUUAUCAACUACGAAUUCUUCAUUUGUGGACUGUACUUAUUCAAUUGGUGGGGGGAAGCAACAAGUUGUUGUCGGCUUCAUCACGAUAAAUUUUCUCGUCGAUGCAGUGACACUCGUUGAGAUUGUUUAUCUGUUGUGGUCUGCAUGGAAGACACCCACUUUCCGUACUGAUAAGGAGUUCAUUACCGUGUACCUUUUAAGAAAACGUACUAACCCAGACGAACAGGAUAUAAACUGUAUGAUUCGAGAAAAUAUAUUCCAAGGUGUAUAUACUAUGAAUGACGGGUUAGGAGGGAACGAACGAAAACUGGAUGAAAUGUUUAUCAAUGUUAUAAUUCAAGAUGGAAGGGAGCGUGUCAAAUAUUCUGAAAGAGAAUUAAUGAAAGGUAGACAUGAGAUUUACGAUAUUCAAUUGGAAAAGCCCCCUAAUUCCAAACCCCUGAACAGUACAACAGAAUUAUUUCAAGCAGCAGAAGCUGGUAAAGGCCAUCCUAGAACGGUUCUUGUGGUUGGCAGACCUGGUAUUGGGAAAACCAUACUGACUAAGAAAAUAUCUCAGGAGUGGCAACAAGGUCUACAACAACGCGAAAUACCGGAAUUCUGGCAGGAAAAGGUUGUACUAUUGAUUGAAUUUCGUAAUUUUAACAAGGGAGAAACAAGUCUUCAGGAAAUGUUAGAUCAGGCUCAUGGUCUCAAUAAGGCAGUAGAUUUGCCCAAGGCCAGGAGACCAUAUAAAUAUAUUUGCAAGAAACCAAGUAAUACCAUCCUUGUUUUUGAUGGCUUGGAUGAACUUCAAGUAGAUGAUGAGCAUUUAACUAGUGGAAAAACUGUAAACAGCCUAAAUGAACCUGCUCAUAUAUAUCUGAUUUUCAAACAGCUGGUGAAGAAUAAUGAACUAUUGCCUGGAGUAACUGUGUUAACCACAUCUCGACCCACAGCAGAACGCGCCUACCAAAAUCUUAAUUUUGAUCGACAAGUGGAGAUAUUGGGUUUUAGUGAGAAACAAAUAGAAGAGUUUGUUACCAAAUUCUGUUGUAAUGACACACAGAAAAAUUCAGAAAUGUGGAACAUAAUCAAGGAUUCCCCUGAACUUAUAAGCUUCUGUUACAUACCUGUUAAUUGCCAAAUAGUGUGCUUGACAUUAAAUGAAAGCAUUGAUUUUGGUGAACAUGAGGGGAAUGAUUCCACGAGAAUUCCCAAAACAAUAACUGAACUGUACAAGAGAGCUAUAAAGAUUUUGCUGUUAAAACACAAUUCAAAAAACAAGAAUAAGCCAAUAGACGAAAAUUAUUUGACUGCUGAACUUCCAAAGCAGCUUCAAGAGGACUUGAACAAAUUGAAGAGAAUUGCAAUGAAUGGAAUGGAAAAUGAUCAGUUAAUUUUUGAUAGAUCCAGUGAUAAAUCCUUGGCUGGCUUAUCAGAUUCUGGUGUUUUCAAUAAGUUGAAAAGCAGUGCCGGUAGUCAGGUUAUUUUUUCUUUUCUUCAUCUUACAAUUCAAGAGUUUCUGGCUGCACUACAUGUUGUUGAUGAUCUUGAAAAUGUUAAAGGAUUUCUAGAAGAGCACAUUGCUAAACCCAGGUGGCAUUUGGUGAUCCAAUUUGUAGCUGGGUUACUUGGAGAUAGGAUGAGAGAGUUAAGUUCAACAGAAAAUGAAGACAGUGAACAAAUUAAUAAUCCCAAGUGGUAUCAGCCAAUUCACUGGUUAUUUGGAGGAUCAAGGUCAAAAAGACUUACAGACACUGAAAUAAUAGAAAUUAUAUGCGAAAGGUAAAACUAAUAUUCUGCAUUUCACUAAUAUUCAGCCAUUUCUGCACUAUUUUACAGCUGUAGUUGCAUUUUAUUAUUAUAAAAAUGACAGAUAAUAUGA